GCGAUGUUGGGGCCGGGACGUGGGAGCGGUUUGGGAUGCGGAGCCGGCGCGGCUGGAAGAGCCAAACUGGGACGCUGCCUCGUGUCGGAAGAGGAAACAGCAAGAGCCCUUUUGGGUUGUUUUCCUGUGUUUUAGGCGAUUUUUCACCCCGACGGGUCCCUUUUGCAGGAAGGACGGCGUUUUGCCGUCGGCCCAUCCGCGACGUUGCGUUUUUAGGAGCGGGGUGACGCGUUUUGGGGCCAUUUCCCUCCUUUUCUUCCAACUCCUCCCAAGCUUUGGGAGAAGCCUCCCCAUUGCCGACCCCUCCGCGCUGCCCGGGUCCCAUCCUGCUCGCUCCGGGUCUCGCUCUGCCACCGCUUUCCGCUCGCAGCACCCAACGCUUGGCAAGGAGGCAACGGGCUCGUCUAUGGGCCAUUGUUUUCCCUUGGCUCCCACGAUGAAAUCGAAGCCUGCUGUUGAAUUAAGGGUGGAUGUCUCGGCUUUUCGGGGUUCGCUCCAAUGCGGGGCUGAGGUUGGAGUCGUCUGGUCCAUCCAGCUCCGUCUGGCCGAAGUGAUGGGAAACAGGGGGAGACCCCAGGGGGAUGUCCCCUGGCUCUCUGCGUCCUUCUGCAGCGGGAUUUAAGUAGAAAAAAGGGGAAUUUUCCACGGGAUCUGGCUUCAUCCCGGCUGAGCGCCUUCUACCCGGCCCUUGGGAUCAGCGGCUUCGGGAUGGCGACGUUGGGUGCAAGAUGCUUCCAGUUGCAAAACCCUACUUGGAAAUGCAGUUGUCCGGCUGCACCGGAGCAUUGGGUGCUUGGGGGUCCCGUUGGGUGCUUGGGGGUCCCGUUGGGUGCUUGGGGGUCCCAUUGGGUGCCCAGAUCUCAUCCAACUACAGGAGCUGAGCCCCGAGGAUCUGGCAGGAGGGCGACGAUGGCACACGGACUCGAGAUUUGGGGGUAUUUUUAGGGUUUUUUAAAUCCAGCCGGGGACAGAGUAGCCCAGGUGUUGGGGAGCUUGCCCCACCGCAGGGGUGAAGGCAGCAAAGCGGCUUUUUGGGUGGAAAGAAGAAGGUUUUGGGGUCACGGUGCUGCCGCUUGGCUCCGCCGCUCUCCUCCCACGGCCCCGGGCUACGGUGGCUGAUAACACAGCGCGAAUAAUUCCCUCUCUUCAUUUGCAUUGUUACCUUGAAGGUAUUUAUAGUCUCCCUGCCUUCUCCUUCCCUGGCUGUGUAAAUUUAGCUCCUUGGCUCUCCCCGGGUGCCUUUAUCCAGCCGAUAAGCCGCGCUUUUUAGCACCGCUUUCUUCUUUCUCCCCCCCCGCCCGCAUCAGGGCUCAGCCUUGCACCCGUGGCAGAGAUCUCCCUCCCUCCAGGUGCUGCUCAUCCCCCCCCAGGCCCUUGCAACUCCGUACUUGCAGCACAGCGCCGAGCAGCGCAGUGGGUUUUGGGGCAAUGCGUUGGUUCUAGGGGGAUGAAGCCACCGGGCUCGCUUGGACCCUUGGAGGAUCCCCCGGUUUGCUUCGAUCCGUACGGUUGAACUCAACGUGGGGGUAGAGGAUUUCUUGGAUUUGGGGUAAUUUUGGCGUCGGCAAUGGGGUCGGUGCCCGUGACCGUGGUGUUUCUCUUCCUUCAAGCCCGCUCUGUGUCUGCCGUUUCCCAAAGAGCCCCAGAUUUUGGGAAGCGGGGGGUUUUGGGGGUGCAAACCGCGCUCUCUCCUGCAGCAGCAUCAUGGGACUCGGGUACUUUUUGGGGGGAAAUAAUGGGUUUGAGGUUUUUCUCUGCCUCGUGGGGAAUGUAGAGGGGAUGGACGGUCCCUAAGCAGAGGGACAUUGUCUGUCUUCCCUCCCUAUAACGGGAUGGGAGGAAAGCUUCGUAUUGGUUGCAUCACCUCCGGGACCGACCCAGCACUGCGCAAAGGACAAGCGAGGGGACCCGAAAUCUUACCCAGGGUUUGAUGACUUGGGAAGCAGCAAAUAGGGGAUGAGCGGAGGGCAGCGGGAUGCUGUAGGCAGCGUUGGGAGCAGCGGCUUGGAUGGAGCCUGCUGGGUUUUCAGGAGCAGCUCGCCGCUCUCACAGCCUCCUCCGCCUCGGCGAAGCCUUGCUCCUCUCUCAUUGUCCCCUCUUAUCUCUGUUUCUUGUAGAUUUUUCCGGCAGUCCCUGGCCGUCAACCCUCCCGAGUCCCAGCACGGUGUUUUUUUCCGAGUGACACAGCACAAUCAGCAAGGGAUGGAGAAAGCUGUCCCGACUUUAUCAGAGCAACAGCGAGAGCGCCAGGGAGAUGGAAGCAGAGCCCUGCUAAUGCCACUGGAGCCAAACAAAGAGAAUUUUGCUGCCCUCGAUUGCCCCCAAGGUGAAGAGAGAAGAGCUGCUUUUAUGAAAGAUGCAAAAAAGCCUCUGGAGAGCGCGGCUCUAUCUGGGACAUCGGUGGAAGUGGGGACGGAGCUCGAGGAAGCCGCCUUCUACACCGCUGAUGACUUGGUGACAAUGAGCAGGGACACAAAGGGACCCUCCGGCACCGAUCUCUGUCCCCUGCAAGAGGAUCCCGUCUUCUUCUCGCCAUUGUCCCGCCAAGAGCCCGACAUCGCCCUGGAAGCCUGCGACGUGGCCGAUGAGCCUGAUCCUGCCCUCUCCGGUGCUGUCCCAGCCCCAGCUCACAGGACCGAACUCGGCUCCAAGACCGAAGAGCACGUAGAGUUCCAGAAGGCUUUGUACAGAGCGGACGCCAGGAGCUCCCUGGAGCUGCGCGCCAUGACCGUGUCCGGCAGCGUCCCCUGGGACACCUCCGCCCUGGAGACGCGAGCGGGCGACGGCAGAGAAGAAAGCACUUUAGAGAGACUCUCCAGCCUGAAGGACUCCAAGGACGUGUCGGCGUUCCCGGGGGAUCCCCAGGUUGUAAACACGGUGCGGGUGGAUCCUGAGGAGCUGGAGAGCGACGCCGAGGAGCUGGGCGCUGGCAUGGCGGCAGCCGGGACGCCCAACCCUUGCGCGGGGCCGCCGGCGGGUGGCGGGGAGGAGAAAUACCUUAAACCUGAACCAAAGCAACUCGAAGGUGUCGGCAAAGAGCACUUAGAGAAAAGCAAGAGGGGGAUCCAGAGGGUCGACUGGAUUUCUCGACCCAGCAGAAGCCCGAGUCCUCACUACAAAGACGUGAGCAAGCCGACGGAUGUAGCAACCAACUUACCCUUCCGGGGAAAGGCCGUGUGCGAAGUGCCUCCUGCGCUGACUCCGACGGUGUUCAGGAAAUCUCUGAACCCUGUCCUCAGCAAGCCCAAAACCCUCGAGACCCCCUCGUCCCACAGGAAGGGGCUGGGGCUCGACUCGGACCCGGGUGAGAUGGGCGCGCUCAACGCGAGCGAGUGGACCAUCCCAAAGCCGGCUCUGCAGCUCGGCGCCGACCUCGCCGUCGGCAAACAGUCGUGGACGGUGAAUUCUGAGGAUUCGGUGGAGAGGAUCCCGUUGAUGUCCCUGGAGCCCGCUCCCUGCAGCUCCUACGACGUGGAGAUGAGGCCCUACGUGUGCAGCGUGCUGGUGGAGGAGCAGGGCAAAGAGGAGCUGGGCCCCGAGGAGGACCCCACGGUGUACACGUGCAUCGAGUGCAGCAUCUACUUCAAGAAGAAGGAGCACCUGAUGGAUCACAUGCUCCAGCACAACCGCGGACCAGGGAGGGACCAAGACGGGGACGCUCUCGGAGGGCAGUGCCAGUUCUGCUGCAAUGAGUGCGGGUGGGCGUUCGGGGACCUCGCGUCCCUGGAGCAGCACAAAAGGCUCCACCAGGAAUCCAGGGAAAAAAUCAUCGAGGAGAUCCAGAAGCUGAACGAGUUCCCGGAUGAAGGUCGGGAAGCCCGGCUGCAGUGCCCCAAGUGCGUGUUCGGCACCAACUCUUCCAAGAUCUUCGUGCAGCACGCCAAGAUGCACGUCAAGGAGAGGAAGGACCAAGGGGCGAAGAGCUUGAACCUCUUUGGGGGCGGAGAGCUGCGGGAUAGCCCCGUGCACGGCGUGUACAAACACUUCAAACCCAACGAGCACAUGGCCCUGCAAGCUCAGGCACCUCCGCACGGCAAAGGGCUCAGCACCUGCAUGCUCUGCAGCUUCCCGGCGCCCAACGAGAACAUCCUGAAAGAGCACAUGAAAUACGCUCACUCUCACCUCGCUUGGGACGCGGAGGUGUACGAAGAAGAUCCCAACCAACCGGGAACCAGCAGGGACGCCUACAGCCCCGCCAGGCCGGGCCGCUUUGCGGAGGCUGAUUAUUUUGGCAAAGCGGAGCAGCUCUUCCCUCCGCCCCACCGGGAAAGCGCGGCGCAUUACGACGUCCACGGCUUCGCCGUCGAUCACCCAAGGCUCAACAAAAGCAACGGGGGUAGCAAAAAGGACUACGCGACGUCGGGGUUCCACGCCAGGAAAGCGGCCCCGUACGCUGCCCCGCACAAAAACCCGGGGCUCUCCUCCACCAAGGCUUAUUCGCAGUUGGCUCUGCAGCACCUGAAAAAAAAAACGGCGGCUCAGCACCUCGAAGCCGAAGGCGAUGGUUUGAGGAGUCACCCGACGGGGCUGGAGGAGGUCAAGCACAAAUGGAUGUUCAUCAAUGAGGUGGGGGGCGUGGAAGGGGAGUUCUCCAUGAGCACGGACAUGGACUUGACGGAGCACAGAGUCACCAAACCCGUCACCAUCCCUCAAGCUGCUUUGGACCUCAAGAGGACGUACAGGGACACGCUGAGAGCCACGGACCCUUCCAUCGCCUCCGAAGAGCAGCAGCAGCAGCUGCGGAUGAUGGUGCCCAUCGUUCUGCUGGAGGAGGUCAACCCGCACCCCAAAGCGAAGAAGCGGCCCCGGGCGAAGCCCUACAAGAAGAAAGCAGCGUUCCCGUCGCGGGAGUUCGUGAUGGAAGAGCCUCUUCCCUUGGAUGUGCUCCUGUUGGACUCUCCAUUGGAGUUUGACGACUUUUUGGACUCCGACUCGCCCAUGUUGAAGAAUGAGGAGAGGAAGUGCCCGUACUGCCCGGAUCGGUUCCACAACGGCAUCGGGUUGGCCAACCACGUGCGGGGCCACCUCAACCGGGUUGGGGUGAGCUACAACGUCCGGCAUUUCAUCUCGGCGGAAGAAGUGAAAGCUAUUGAGCAAAAAUUUUCCUUCCAAAAGAAGAAGAAAAAAGUUGCAAACUUCGACCCGAGCACGUUCAGCCUGAUGCGGUGCGAGUUCUGCGGGGCCGGCUUCGACACGCGCGCCGGGCUCUCCAGCCACGCCAGGGCCCACCUGAGAGACUUUGGUAUUACCAACUGGGAGCUCACCAUCUCGCCCAUCAACAUCCUCAAGGAGCUGCUGGCCAACUCGGCCGAGUACCCCAUGCUGCAGGCGGCGGUGGGAGCGGAGCCCUCGUCCCCAGGCCGAGAGCCGCACGGCUUCGUGCCCCGCAAGAGCAUGACCCCCAUCUCCGAGUGCAGCAUUCCACGCUCUCCUCUGUCCCCGUUCCCCCCGUCUUGGGGAGAUGAGUCCUUGCAGUCCUACAGAGACGUUCUGGCCCCGGAGGAGGAGGAGGUGGUGGCCAUGGAGGUGGGCUCCCCACCGCCUCCACCGCCGCCACCGCUGCCCAAGAAGAGCGCAGCCCCGGGGCAGCCGGAGCCGCCCGCCCGCAUAGGGACCAAGCUGUGCGCCGAGCCGCCCGGCGGCAAAGCGGAUCCGCAUGACCCCAAAACCGCUGCGAGUUCUGCGGCGAGUUCUUCGAGAACCGCAAGGGGCUGUCGAGCCACGCGCGCUCCCACCUCCGACAGAUGGGGGUGACGGAGUGGUCGGUGAACGGCUCGCCCAUCGACACCCUGCGCGAGAUCCUCAAGAAGAAAUCGAAGCCCUGCGUCAUCAAGAAGGAGCCCCACACCUCCAUCAUCGAACCCCCCAAAGGGUUUGGGGAGGAGGGGAUGGACCCCAAGCCCCCCGGGAAAGUGCUGCAGGCCAUGGCCCUCCCUCCGCUGGGCGGGCGGACGGGGAAACCCGGCGGCUCCAGCAUCGGCCGCGAGCUCUCGCUGUCGCCGCUCAGCGCCAAGCCCCACGGCGCCUUCCUGACGCCGCUGGCCACCAAACGGCCGCUGCAGGACGACCGCCUGGGUCCCCACCCCGAGGUGAAGCACAAGGCCUACAUCCAGACCGAGCUGCCCUUCAAAACCAAGUCUGUGCACGACAAGCCCGCGCACAGCUCCACCGAAGCGUGCUGCGAGCUCUGCGGCCUCUACUUUGAGAACCGCAAGGCUCUGGCCAGCCACGCGCGGGCGCACCUCCGGCAAUUCGGCGUCACCGAGUGGUGCGUCAACGGCUCGCCCAUCGAGACGCUCAGCGAGUGGAUCCGGCACCGGCCGCAGAAAGCCGGCGCGUACCGCAGCUACAUCCAGGGCGGCCGACCCUUCACGAAGAAAUUCCGGAAUUCUUCGCACGCCCGUGAUCACGACGGAGCGCGGAGGAUGCCGCUGAGCCUGCAGCACGGUGGCAUGGCCCUGCUGAGCAAAGGGCUGGCGGCGGAGCUGGCGCACGGCGAGCCCUGCAAGAUCCUGGACGGCACCGGGGAGCGGCCCAUGGUCACCUCGCCCCUCUCGUUGGUGAAGAUGGAAGAGCAUCAGCGCACAAAUUUCCACA